CCUCGCUCCACGUAGUUCUUUUACACUCUCAAAAGUUACGUGUCUGCGUGGAGCUUUUGCUCUCUGUAAUCAAAAUGAAUAUUCCAAACGAAUAUGUUUCAAAUGCCGAAGACAUAGCCGAUCAGGUCAUCAGAAAAUUAAAACAUAUCCUUCCAACAGUCGCCCGGCUGUGCUUAAUAUCCACGUUCCUGGAAGAUGGUUUGCGGAUGUGGUUCCAGUGGAACGAACAGAGAGAGUACAUGGACUUGUCAUGGGGCUGCGGCAAGUUCCUGGCCACCGUUUUCGUCUUAGUUAAUUUAAUCGGCCAGCUGGGGGGCUGCGUUAUGGUUAUCAUACGCUACAAAGUCGCCAUUGCUUGCGGGGUGCUAUUUUUCAUUGUAGUCCUACAGACUUUCGCCUACAGUAUAUUGUGGGACUUGCAAUUCCUCUUCAGAAACUUGGCUCUCAUCGGCGCCCUUCUGCUAGUCUUGGCGGAAAGCAGAGGCGAAGCCAAGAGUUUAUUCGCCGGGGUCCCAUCUCUCGGGGAGAACAAGCCCAAGAACUAUCUGCAGCUCACGGGGCGCAUUUUGCUGGCUUUUAUGUUCAUCACGCUGAUCCGAUUUGAGUUCAGCUUCUUACAGAUUUUGUUAGAUCUCCUCGGAUCAGCUUUGAUGGUUUUAGUUACAAUAGGUUACAAAACAAAAUUGUCAGCCCUAAUUUUGGUAUUAUUACUUACAACACUCAACUUCUACCAUAACGCUUGGUGGAAUAUUCCAUCGUACAAACCGUUGCGUGAUUUCUUGAAAUACGAUUUCUUCCAGACUUUAUCAGUAAUCGGAGGGCUCCUCAUGAUAGUAUACUUAGGCCCCGGGGGCGUAUCAAUGGAUGAACACAAGAAGAGAUGGUAAUUUAAGUGUCAUUUUUUUAGUCAACUGGUGUUGUAUAAGUUGUGACUGGACGUUAUUUGAUUCGUUUUUCUAUGAAAUUCCCAUAUUUUCUUAUUUUUACAAGGAUUUUUGAAUGUAUGAGCCUGUAUUUUUUUACUAAUUUAAUGAAAAAGUGUACAUAUUGUGUA